ACUGUGUCGACAUGGUAAGAACGGUCUUUUCGUCCCGGGAUUUGCCCAUUUUGAUCCUUGCUGGCUGGCUGGCUGGCUGGAUCACUGGUUGGCUCAGUGAGUUUGCUCUCCUUUUCCCCCCGAUUACUCUAUUUUCGCUGCUCAUCUCGGUCUUCUGCUGUGUCCUUACCAAAGGUCAAGACAACGAGUGAUACUCUAUGCAAAUCAAUGCUACUUUGAUUAGCCGCUCGCGAAGAUUUUCCUCGUGUUGGCUCCGUGUUGCUCCGGUUCGCAAUUUAUUCUCUUUCGAGUUAAUUCGUCGCGAGAGGAAGAUCGCAGGCCCGUAGGAAAUCAGUUCCUUAUUCAUGAGGCGACAGCCACUGAGAGUAUACCUCGGUUUGAGCCAGUGUGCUUUUUGAGAGGCGGCUCACAACAACUAAUAACAAGACAAAACAUGGUCA